AUGAACAAAACGUUCAGGAAUUUUUUACGAAUUCUGAACGUUCAGGAAAAAACUACGUUGGACAGAAAUGUUUUGAACGAACUGAAAAAUUGGGGAAAGGGGAAAACUUUAAAAAAUGAUGAAAUACUAAAUGAGUAUGUAACUUACAGGCAUGUGUUAAAUGACUACACGAAUAUUUUACACGAGUGUAAAGCACAACAGAGGGAUGAAAAGAAGGAAAAAAAAAUUGAAGACGUUGCAAACUACGUUGGGUUAACCACAAAUUAUUCGGGAAAAUAA